GACGCGAUUUUGGUUGGGCUGAGCAGCUUGGAACAAACAAUGAUGUCGGAGCAGGAGGCUCUGAAGUGCUCCAGCGCACGGAACCGCGGGGGAGUACAGCGGGUCGAAGGCAAACUGCGAGCUAGUGUGGAGAAAGGGGAUUACUAUGAAGCUCAUCAGAUGUAUCGUACCUUAUUCUUUAGGUAUAUGUCACAGGCCAAGCACGUGGAGGCCAGGGAGCUGAUGUACAACGGGGCCCUGCUCUUCUUCAGCUACAACCAGCAAAACAGCGCGGCAGACCUGUCCAUGCUGGUGCUGGAGUCCCUGGAGAAAUCGGACGCAAAAGUAGCAGACGACAUUUUAGAGCAACUGGUCAAGCUGUUCAGCUUGAUGGACCCCAACUCUCCUGAGAGGGUGGCCUUUGUGUCCCGGGCACUGAAGUGGUCCACAGGGGGGUCAGGGAAACUGGGACACCCCAAACUGCACCAGCUACUGGCUGUCACGUUGUGGAAAGAACAAAACUACAGCGAGUCCCGCUACCACUUCCUGCACUCCUCAGACGGCGAGGGCUGUGCCCAGAUGCUGGUGGAGUACUCGGCCGCGCGGGGCUUCCGCAGCGAGGUGGACAUGUUCGUGGCGCAGGCCGUCUUGCAGUUCCUCUGUCUGAAGAACAAAAGCAGCGCUUCGGUGGUGUUCAGCACCUACACGCAGAAGCACCCGUCGAUAGAGAAGGGCCCCCCCUUCGUGCAGCCCCUCCUCAACUUCAUCUGGUUCCUGCUGCUGGCAGUGGACGGGGGGAAAUUAACGGUCUUCACAGUGUUAUGUGAGCAAUAUCAGCCAUCUCUGAAGAGGGACCCCAUGUACAAUGAGUACCUGGACAGAAUAGGACAGCUCUUCUUUGGAGUUCCGCCCAAACAGUCCUCGUCCUACGGUGGCCUACUAGGGAACCUCCUAAACAGCCUGAUGGGAUCUGGAGAGGAGGAAGAAGGAGAGGAAGCACAGGAGGACAGCAGCCCCAUCGAGCUGGACUGAGGGCCCCUGUGAGCCGCCAGCCGCAAAUGGGCCGCUGGCUUCAUAACCGCGGGGCGCUGGUCACCACACUCGGUCCCAACACAUCAAACCAAACCCAGAACCACAAAAAGCAGAACCAGAACCAGAACCAAGCGGCAGACCCCCCACAUCCUCUCCGCACCGCCUGGACUGGGCCUGAUUGGAAACUAUACUUUUUUUUUUUUUUUUCCCCCUCUUCUUCAGUGAUUGAAUAUCUUUAAUUCCUUUGGUUUAGGCUGUUUUGUUUCUCCUAGUUGUGGACUUUAGUUGUGUGUUGGAUAAGGGAGGGAACAGCAGUAGCAAUUCAUUCUUUCAGGACUUUACGCGCAGCUCCACAACCACCACCACCACCACCUCUGGGUGUGACAGACCCUGUCCCCUCCAGACCAUCUCUCUGGGGGGGGGGGCGAGAGACACUGACCAGGCCUCUGUGCCAUUUUCCACACACGACCCCAGUGGGUGGGAACCUAUUGUAUUAAUUAUAGUAAUGGUCAUAACUUAUACUCUGUGUAAAGUAAAUGUAUAUUGACAUCCUCAAACCUUAGGUAGGGUGGGGUGGGUUGGGUUGGGGGAGACAGGGUUGGACUGCAUAGGUAGGUAAGGUGUUCAUGUGGAGAUGUGUCUUGAGUGUGGUUAAAACUAGCAACGGUGUGGACAGGUGUGACCACUGCUCCUCUGUUACUGUGUGAAAGCACAGGUAUGUGUGUGUGUGUGCGCGUGUGUUCGUUUAUGUGUGAAUGUACAGGUAUGUAGCUGAUCACAUAAGCAUCUAUUUGUAGGUGAUCGUGUGCAGCAUGCUCCUGUGAAUGCAAGUGAACUCCAACGUUGCUGCUAGCUUGCGGGUUCUCAGUCUCGUAGCCUCUCCUUCCUCCGAACUUGGGAAGGAGGGCUGUUCCGUUUUUUUCUUUUUUUUUUUUUUGUUUUCCUCCAGACCUUUGGGUGGCGCUGAAGAAAUUCUGAAGAAUUAAAUGAGGGAAAUGCCAGAAGCAAUCCCAUUCACACCUGUCGUGCUGAACAUCUUAACUGUGCGCUUUCUACGUGUCCAUUUAGGAGACCAGUAAAUUGUCCUUUAAUGGUUUCAGCCUCGUACCAAUGUCCAGCAUGUUUCCGGCUACUGUCUUCUUGUUUUCUUUUUGGCUCUGGGACGUUUGCAGAGAAACUGAAUGCUCACCACUUCGAUGUGAAGAUUUAUGGUGAUGUCAAAGUCCUAAUAACAUGCACAACAUGGCUAGUCUUUACAGCUGGGCAAAUAAAAUGGAUGAGUCCAUAAAGAUGAAUAUUUUAAAUGGGUAGGGGCUGUUUGGAAGUCCAUACUUGCAGACGUAUAAAAGGUACAGUUUUGAAAGGGUGCAUUUUAAGUCUACUUCAAAAUGAACGGUAAAAAGUCGCGCGUACAAUAUGAAUCGUACGGACACACCCACAGCACGGAAUACUUGGUCUCAUGCAGUUACACUCAGUUACAUUCUGGAAUUUCUAUCGGUCAAGAUGCAGAUGACGUCGCAAGAAUUGGAACUCGACACAACUACUGAAGUCUGAUGAGAAAAAAAUGCAAUGUCUUAAAAGAUGUGUAGUUAUGUUUCCGUUCAAGUUGUUUAAAAAAAAAAAAAAACAAAAGAGAUAGCUUGGACAUAAUCUUAGCCUUGAAUGUAUUCCUGUGUGUCUGGGGUAUGUGUCUGUAGAGUGCUUUGAGGAGGGGAGUGACUGCGAGGUGUGAUCUUUGCCUGAGUUACAAGAAUGCGAGCAACAAGUCUAACAGACUCAUACGCUUACAAACCAGCAUGUUGACCCAUAUUUUUCCUGUUUUUGAUAACUUGGUUUGGAAUGCAAAA